ACUGCAACUCUCUGCUUAUUCCCUCACCAAACUCCUCCGCACACCGCUUUCAUCUGUCCUUCCAAACCCUAUCACCAGAAGCUCUUCCUUUUUCAUCUUCACGCUUAAAGCCCAUUUUCUUGUAAUAACAGAAAACAAGAAAAAAAAUUAAGGAAAAAUAUCGAUCAUGGCUUUUGAGAAGAUCAAAGUCACCAACCCCAUCGUUGAGAUGGAUGGAGAUGAAAUGACUCGUGUUUUCUGGAAAUCAAUCAAGGAUAAGCUUAUCUUCCCCUUUGUGGAGUUGGACAUAAAAUACUUUGACCUUGGCCUUCCUUAUCGCGAUGAGACUGAUGAUAAAGUUACAGUUGAAAGUGCAGAGGCUGCCCUUAAGUACAAUGUUGCAAUCAAGUGUGCAACGAUAACCCCAGAUGAAGCUCGUGUGAAGGAGUUUAACUUGAAGCAGAUGUGGAAAAGUCCAAACGGGACAAUUCGGAAUAUUUUAAAUGGCACUGUUUUCAGAGAACCAAUUAUUUGCAAGAAUGUCCCACGGCUUGUCCCAGGUUGGUCGAAGCCAAUUUGCAUUGGAAGGCAUGCCUUUGGUGAUCAAUAUCGAGCAACUGAUGCAGUUAUCAAAGGAGCUGGCAAACUUAAGUUGGUUUUUGUACCUGAAGGACAGGAUGAGAAGACAGAGUUAGAGGUUUUCAACUUUACAGGUGCUGGGGGAGUGGCAUUGUCCAUGUAUAACACUGAUGAGUCAAUCCGUGCUUUUGCUGAGGCGUCUAUGAACACGGCUUACCAGAAGAAAUGGCCACUUUAUCUUAGCACAAAAAAUACCAUCCUUAAGAAGUAUGAUGGAAGAUUCAAGGACAUUUUUCAAGAAGUCUAUGAGGCAAACUGGAAAUCAAAGUAUGAGGCUGCUGGGAUAUGGUAUGAACAUCGGCUCAUUGAUGAUAUGGUGGCCUAUGCUCUCAAGAGUGAAGGAGGUUAUGUAUGGGCAUGCAAGAACUACGAUGGAGAUGUGCAGAGUGAUUUCUUAGCCCAAGGUUUUGGAUCGCUUGGAUUGAUGACAUCUGUACUGGUGUGCCCAGAUGGAAAGACUAUUGAAGCAGAAGCUGCUCAUGGUACAGUAACUCGACAUUACAGGGUUCAUCAGAAAGGAGGUGAAACCAGCACAAACAGUAUAGCCUCUAUCUUUGCUUGGUCACGAGGUCUCGCACAUAGGGCUAAGUUGGAUGACAAUGAAAGACUCUUGGAUUUUACCCAGAAGCUUGAAGCAGCUUGUAUUGAAACAGUGGAGUCUGGCAAGAUGACAAAGGAUCUUGCAUUGAUUAUCCAUGGAUCUAAGCUUACUCGGGAUCAGUAUCUCAAUACUGAAGAAUUCAUUGAUGCCGUGGCAGCUGAACUUAAGGCAAAACUUGGAAUCAGCCCAUAAUUGCUUUGGUGGACACAGCCCGAAGGAAGAAAGAAUGUUAUUGGGAAGAAAUAAAACAGAGGAGAAAGGGAAAGGAAAUGUUUAAGGCUCAGUUUUAGUUUCCCUCUCCUGUUUGAUUCGGUUCAUUAUCAACUUCACUGUAAUUUUUGCUUGUGCACAAUUUAUUUACUUCGAAAAUGAUAUUCCUACGAUGCCAAUUUCUCUC